UGCUGGUCCUCCACUUCUUCUCGGCUCACUCAGAUAGAGGGGGCUUUAUAGGGAGUGAAAUCUGGAGGACACAAUACGAUACGCUCUAUCUUGGAGGUGUAGAUUUUUGUGGAUAACAUUAGAAGAAUUUAAAAGCUGUCCAGAGGUUCCAGAAUAAAACAUAUUUAAGGAUGGAUCAAACAGAGCUUGUGACUGUGGCCAGUCUGACAACCCAUUUGGAUAAUAUUACAAAUUCUGCAUCCUCUUCAUUGAUGAUGUUCAACUCAUCUGACUGGAAAUUAGUUCAUGCCAUCGUGCCUCCGUACAUCUUUGUGCUGUGUUUGACUGGAAUUCUCGGGAAUGCGUUUGUUCUGUUAGUGUUCUUCCUACAGAGGACCCACUGGACUGUACCUGAGAUCUACUUGGGCAACCUGGCUUUAGCUGAUCUAAUUCUGCUAUCUAGUCUGCCAUUCUGGGCCAUGAACAUCCUCAACUACUUCAACUGGCCUUAUGGGGAGUUUCUAUGUAAGGUGGUGAAUGUGGCCAUCGUGGUUAACAUGUAUGCUAGCAUUUACAUGCUGGUGAUGGUGAACAUCGACCGCUACCUUGCGCUGGUGCUGACGAUGAAAGCAAGGUGGCUGAGAAGGAGACGCAAUGCAAAAAUCAUUACCUUUUGGCUCUGGAUUCUCGGAGUGGCCAUGGGCAUACCUACUCUAACUUACCGGACAGUGAAGACUACCCCCGAAUUGCCAUACCCGGCCUGCCUUAUCGAAUACCCUGAAGACUCCCACAGAUUAGCUCACAGCCUUCAGCUGAACAUACUGGGCUUUGCUCUGCCUCUUCUGGCUAUAGUCUUCUGUAGCUACAAUAUCCUCCAUGCCCUGUGGAAAAGAAUGGAAAAUCUGAACAUGCACAACGGAAAUGACCGGAAGGCCACACUGCUGGUGUGCGCCGUGACCCUGCUCUUCUUCGUUUGUUGGGGUCCGUUCCAGAUCGUUACCUUCCUGGAUAUGCUCUGUGAUCUCCACUUCUUGGACAAGAAGUGGUACCACACCUUGGACAUUGCACACCAGUUUUCCACCUACUUUGCCUUUCUGAACAGCUGCUUUAACCCCCUGCUGUAUGUAUGCACAGGCCACUACUUCAGGAGGAAAGUCAGUGAUAUAUACAAGAGGAGGAGAAGCUCGGUUGCAUCUGUGAUCACCACCCUGCAGCGUUCGGCUGUGUCAACCUACACCCAAAGGACUGAUCAAAUCAAACCAGUCGUACUGUAGGAUCAGUUCUAGAGCAUAUUUUAGUGUACUAUUGCUAUAUAUGGAUGUGGAAGGUUCAUAUUUUUGGAUCUUAAUGUGUAUAAUAUUAACAGUAUCCAAAACAGAAAUAGUGGCCAACGAAUAGCAACUUGUGUGGUUUGGACAUAUGCAUGUGAAGGGAUAUUUGGGAACAAUAUAAACAGUUACGCGACUCUGCAGUUCACGCACUGUCUGCAGCUCAUUCUUCACACUCGUCCUGUUCAGUGUCAAGCCCUUGUACAUACUGUGUAUUACUCAGCCCGUGUAAGCUGAGAAGGCUGAAUAAAUAUUUUAAUAUGAUUAAGAUAUUAUAUUAAAAAACUACUCACACAGAAGAGAAGUGUAUACAAAAAAGUGUGACAGGACAGAAGUAUUGGAACACACGCUUAUUCCUUGUUUAUUCAAUGGUAAAAAAAAAAUUACCUGCUUCUUUGUUAGAAUAGUAACUGUUCCUACUGUCCAUUAAAGGCUUUCUACUUGAUUUUUGAGCAUUGCUGUGAGGAUGCUCAUCCCAAAAGAGUUUUAUGUGACACCAUCGUUCCAGAGAACACAGUUUCACUGCAGAGCUCAAUUCUUGGGCCUUUAUACUCCUUUAGCCAGUGGCGCCAAUAGGUUCAUUUUUUUAGUAGAUUUUUUUUUUUGAGUAAUAAAGAUGUGAUUCUAUUGGAUAUGCUUCUCUAAAGGCACUAUAUAACCUCUGUGUGUGUGCAUUAACAUAUCUGAAUUUGCUAUCCAUGCACCUUAAAAGUAUCUGAAAGUUGAUUUUUUUUAAAGGGGUGUCCACAAACAUAUAUAAAGUAAAUGUGUUUCAUAUUUUGGUUGUUUUUUUAAUACACUUAAAAGUGUAAUGACUAACAGCAAAGUAGUACAGGAGAGCUAUAACCACCUGAAUGGAAAAUAAAUCCAAUAAAUAAACUAGGACCUAAUAUGACAGUUGUAAAAUAUUCAUUUGAGUACCCACCUGAGUAGAAGUGAAAGUGUUAUCAGGAAAGUACAGAUCUAUUAAAAAGUACCUUACAUAAACGGACCUGAGAAAAUUUAAUGAUCGAAUGAUUAGACUGAAAAAGUACUUUCUAUGCUCCCUAUAAAAAGGUCCUCAGAGGCUAGUUUUUGGUAGAGCAGCUCUUGGUGAGAGAUUGUUCACUGCUAGACAUGUUUCUAUGACGGGCUUGAAGAUAUUUUCCCUAUUUGACUUCUUUAGCCAGUUGCACCAAUAGGGGAAUAUUCCCUUGGCUACGUAAAACAAGAUGGACUUUUCAACAAACUGCUCGCCACAUAGGCUGACCAUCAGUUAGCCACCAAAUCCUUUGUUUGCGUGAAUUCCAAAAGGGGUAACACUUUAUAAUACUGUUCCAUAGUUAAUAGGUAACUAAGCAGGAACUAAGCAGUAAACAAAUGAAUAGUGCUGCAUUAACACCUAAAUCUCUUCUAUUAACUACCAGGGAGUACUGAAUAAUUACUCAGUUGAUAGUACUGAACUAAUGAUUAUAGUAGUUCACUAUUAACUCCACAAUAAUUACUGAGACUUACAUAUCUCCCAGAGAACUACUUACUAAUUAUGUCUCCUUUAUAAUAACUAUUCAUUAAUUACUGCUCAAAUCAACAUUAAUUACUGAAAACCGUUACAUCCCACCUGGGGAACUAUAGAUCUAAAUCAGGCAUAUUUGAGUUAAAUGCAUAUUAAUUGAAGGCAUAUUUGAAUUAAGCAAGUGACACCAUUUGUAGUAGUGGUAACCUUAAUUACCUUAUUAUCCUCAGUUCCUUCCAAAUAUUAGCAACAUAUAGUAAAAUACUACAGUGUGUAUUACUCUGCUUAACCAUCAAUUUUUGGAAGAAAAAAACAACAUUAUAACGUAAUAUUAUUGCAUAGAAGACAUUGAUGAAAGUUCUCCAGAAGGCAUCUAAGACUCUAAGAAUGACUGUAAGACUGUAAUAAUGUAACAAUCAUUGCUUUAAUACUAGGUAUCAGCCUUAUAAAAGUGCAUCUUCAGCGUUUGCAGUCUCACAGAGAUUUAUUAACUGCGCAUUAUUAGGGUAAUUACGGUAAUUUCACAGCGGACCCAGUUCUCCUGGUCCUUUGUGUAAAUUCUCUGCUGUGCUGCUGCUGCUGCUGCUGCUGCUGGAGGAGGAUUAAGAGAGACUCUGCUGCUUUCAUAUUUCUGUAUUUGAUUGAAAAUAAACUAGUAAUCAAGAUAUUGAGAUCUUUUCCAGCUUAUUUUACCCCCGGAUCAGAAGAGGACUCUUUGUGGGUUGUUAACCAGCUUUAGGAUGUGUGUUAGCUAGCUAAGUUAGCUAAGUUGUGUGUGUAGUUAGCGUUAGCCAGCUAAGUUACCUAGGUUAUGUGUGUGUUAGUUAACUGGCUAAGUUAACUAGGUUAUGUGUGUGUUAGUUAACUGGCUAAGUUAACUAGGUUAUGUGUGUGUUAGUUAACUGGCUAAGUUAGCUAGGUUAUGUGUGUGUUAGUUAACUGGCUAAGUUAACUAGGUUAUGUGUGUGUUAGUUAGCUAGUUUAAAUGUGUGUUAGUUAGCUAGGUUAUGUGUGUUCGUUUGCUAGCUAAGUUAACUUUUAUGUGUGGGUUAGUUAGCUAGGUUAUGUGUGUGUUAGUUAACUGGCUAAGUUAGCUAGGUUAUGUGUGUUAGUUUGCUAGCUAAGUUAACUUUUAUGUGUGGGUUAGUUAGCUAGGUUAUGUGGGUUAGUUAACUGGCUAAGUUAACUAGGUUAUGUGUGUGUUAGUCAGCUAGUUUAAAUGUGUGUUAGUUAGCUAGGUUAUGUGUGUUCGUUUGCUAGCUAAGUUAACUUUUAUGUGUGGGUUAGUUAGCUUGGUUAUAUGUGUGUUAGCAAGUUAAAUGCGUGUGUGUUAGUUAGCUAGGUUAAAUGUGUGUUAGUUAGCAAGCUAAGUUAGCUAGGGGAAAUGUGUGUGUUUUAGCUAGGUUAAUCGUGUUAGCUAGUUUAAAUGUGUGUGUUAGUUAACUAGGUUAAAUGUGUGUGUGUGUUAGUUAGCUAGGUUAAAUGUGUGUUAUUAGUAUUAUUAUUAUUAUUAUUAUUAUUAUUAUUAUUAAUGUAUAUUUCCCUUUACAAUACUGUGACAUGUUCUGCAGUAACUCCUAAAGAAGAACACAGUAACUCCUCAGUAAUUAGUAAUUAGUUAACAUGUUUCUCACUUUAUAAUACUGUGGUAUGAUUAGUAAUGGGUUACCAUGUGGUGCUGUUAACUCCCGAAAAAAGAAGACAGGGACCCCUUAUUAAUUAUCUAUGAAGAACACAGGGAAGCCUAGUCCGUUAUCUAACACAAAUAUUUAUUCAUUUAAACAUGAUUCCCCCAGAAUAAGGAUGUAGGACACAGCCUACAGUAAAGCUGUAUGUGAGCCAUCACUUCUACUGAGCACAUGUCCAGGAGGACUGAAGAAGAGCACAGGUUUAGAAUAAACACCUGUAACCCACUGACAGAACAUUACAAAAAUGGGGGUUAAGCAGACUACUGCACAUUUCAGUGUGUCUAACAUUUGGAAGAUAUUGAGCAUACUAAGGUAAGUAAGGUUAAUAUAUGAUAAGUGGUGUCACUGACUUUAAUAUCACCACUGAUAGAAUAACCUGCAGCAGCAGAUAAACACACUGAUAGAGGCUAGCGGUCCGGCGCUGUGGAAUUACCGUAAUUACCCUAAUAAUGGGCACUAAAAGUCUGUGAGACUGCAAGGCUGAAGAUGAACGUUUAUAAGGUUGGUGCUGAAAAUUAAAGCAGUGACCGUUAAAACAAAAUUGAGUAUAGUCAGUCUUAGAGUCUUCUGGAGAACAUAAAUAAUGUCUACUAUGUAAUAAUAUUACGUUAUUUUUGUAUUAUUUUUUUCUUUUAAAAAUGUGGUUUAAGCAGAUUACGACACACUGUAGUAUUUUACUAUAUGUUGCUAAUAUUUGGAAGAUAAUGAUGAUAAUAAGGUAAUUAAGGUUACUGCUACUACAAAUGGUGUCACUCAAAUAUGCCUUUAAUAUCACCACUGAUAGAAUAAUUGUUUGUGUAGACUGAUUUAGAUCCAUAGUUCCCCAGGUGGCAUGUAAGGGUUUUCAGUAGUUGAUUUGAGCAGUAAUUUAUAAGUAGUUAUUAUAAAGAAGACAUCAUUAGUAAGUAGUUCUCUGGGAGAUAUGUAAGUCUCAGUAAUUAUUGUGAAGUUAAUAGUGAACUACUAUAAUCAUUAGUUCAGUACUA